AUCACUCUUGCCCAAUUCCUUGCAUUGGCAGCCACUGCCAGCUGCGCUGCUAUCAACCUCGAGGCCAGAGCCACUCCUCUCGAUGUCAAGCUUACCUCUCUCGGAAACUCCAAGGUCAAGGCCGUCGUGACCAACAACGGUGAAGCCAGCUACAAUCUCUUCUACAAGGGUACUUUCCUCGACAGCGAGGCUCCUGUUGACAAGUUCCAUACCAAGGCUCCUUUCACUGGUAUCCUGCAGCGUCUGGCUUACACCCAGCUUAGCGAGGAUGUCUUCAAGCCAAUCAUGGCCGGCCAGUCGAUCGAGGUCGAAGUCGAACUCGCCGAGUUGUACGAGCUUUCUUCCAACGGAAAGUACGACGUCCUCGCUGCUGGUGCCAUCCCCUACGCUGAGCUCAACUCCACCGCUCUGACCGGAAGUGCCCUUGCCUUUACCAGCAACACCCUCUCUGUUGACGUUGACGCCGCCGAGGCAGCCAAGGUCGAGAGUGCCGUCAGCAAGCUCUCCAAGCGCACUCUUAUCCAGAGUGACUGCACCGGCACCCGUUUGACCGCCGUCCGCAGUGCCCUGAGCAACUGCCAGAAAUUGGCAACUGCUGCCGCUACUGCUGCCACUUCUGGCUCGGCCAGCAAGUUCCAGGAGUACUUCAAGACUACUUCUUCCAGCGUCCGCAGCACUGUUGCCGCACGUCUGAGAGCCGCNACUGACGUUUACGGCGGUUGCUCGUCUGGCGUACUCGCCUACACCCUCNNCCCCUCCAACAACUACGUUGCCUACUGCCCUCUCUUCUUCAGCGACCUCCCCGGACUCACCGGCCAAUGCCACGCUCAGGACCAGGCCACCACUGCCUUGCACGAGGAGACCCACGCUCCCGGCGUCUACUCCCCCGGCACUGAGGACAACGGUUACGGCUACAGCGCUGCCACCCGUCUUUCCAGCUCUGCUGCUGUCCUCAACGCUGAUUCUUAUGCUCUUUACGCCAACGCCAUCUACUCUGGAUGCUAG